AUGGUCGCCGGAGUUAAGAGGGUCAUUGCGAUAUCGCGGUCCAGUGUCAUUUUCUUGGACCGCGGCGGGUGGGUGUGUUCAUUGAGCAUCAAGAACAUCUCAGAGACCAAGUCUUACACUCGACAUUUCUUCAUACCACCAUUCUGGCGGGCGAGGGGAGACUUUAUGGUAAAGGUUGUGGCCAAGAACAGCCUUGCCAUCGCGCACAAGGACGAUGCUGUCGUUGUCCACGGAUUCAUGGACUUCAAUUAUAAGAUGGACUUCCUCGCGUGCCCUGACGAGGAAGACACGCCCCUGGUCCUGAGGCGGCGGGUAACAAGUCUGUAG